UGCCGCAGGCUAUGAUCGGUCAAGAGUCCGCCAUGUUGAAAAAUAGGUGUGACCACGCCCCUUUUGGGGGCGUGGUUUCGUAAAAAAUUAGCUACCUUAAAGCUUAUCCUGAGAAAGACUUUGUCAAAUUCGCUCCAGAAUUCUUAAUACAGGUUUGUUUUCAUGUCGUCCCGUUUGCUCUCCAUUGAAAGUUGCCAACCAAAAUGGCGGCCGGAAUUUAUUUCAUUGUAAACCACGCCUUACAACCGUAAUAGUCUUCCCACGCAAGCAAUUCUCACUCUGGGUGGUCUAUGUGCAUGGAUUUUAAUAUUAAUAUUGUGAUUUUACAAUAGAUGAUUAUGACAUGAUUGACAGCACCCCAGCUCCUGAUUCUGCAGCAGCAGUUAAGACUGAAGAGAAAGUUACUGAAAGCUACUCCAUUGAUUGUCUUAAUCAAAUACUACAAGAUGAUUUGUUUUAUAGACAAAAACUGUCUUUUUAACUGUCUCGGAAAAAAUCAGAAAAAAUACCAAAAAUAGUGGAAUGCUAUUACAAAGACAUUCCCAAGCUCUCGGCAAAAAAUACGGAAAAAGAAAAAAAAUUAAAAAUUUUGGAAAAAUUUUAGCGGUCUCAGAAAAAAUCAGAAAACAACAACAUAACAUAUAGAAGAAUACUCACGGUUUUUCAACCCAUCUUCUCGCCUUGAUGACUCUGUUGGUUCUGAUAUAGAGAAGAAUGAGGGUGAUUCCUUUUGCACAAAAGUUUUCAUGUCCAAAUAUGGCUAGACAGUCUAAGAUUUCAAAAUAAGCCAGUUCCACCUCAAACAUCGAAAGCAGUUGUCAUGAAUAGUGAAAUAGAAAAAGAUUUUGAUCGUUUCAAUGAUGAAACUAGAGGAAAGUACUAUAUAGAAGAAAAUGAAUUACUGAAGUACUGGAUGGAACAAACACAAAUAGAUAAAAAUCUAGUAAAAGAGAUGUUUGGAAAGAAGUAUUUUGGCCCUCUUGAUAGCGAUGAAGUUGAUAGUCUAUAUGUAUGGAUCAGAGAUCAGCAUGAUAAUGGAGGGAUUACAGAGAUUAAGAAUAGAGUAUAUGAUCAGAAGCACAUAAAAGUGGCCAGUGGACAGAUUCAAACAAUGAACAAUGCAUUGUCAUUCAAAAGCGAUCAAGGUAACAACAGAGAAGUUAAGAAGCCUAUCAAAAGAAGGAAAUGCAUGGAAUGUGUUGGUUGCAAAACAACUUUAGACUGUGGAACAUGCAAAUAUUGUAAAGAUAAAAGAAAGUUUGGUGGUCCAGGUAUUCAGAAGAAAGGAUGUCAGAUGAAAAUGUGCACUGGCUCAAAAGUCACAAAUAUAUAUUCUGCAGCUAUGCAGUUUUUGUUCAAUUACAACAGGAAGAUGCAUACAAUUUGAGGGUGAUGGAAACUGUCUGUUUCGCUGUAUCUCUUACUAGAUUUUUGGUGAUGAAAACCAACAUUUGAAAAUCAGGUCUCUCCUGGUUGAAUUUAUGGAAAAUAAUCCAGAAUAUUUCUCUGCACACUGUCAUCCAGCUAGUGUGAGUGACCACACCAAGAGAAUGAGGAAUAACUAUGUAUGGGGAACUCACUGUGAAAUUGUGGCAGCAGCUCUUCUUUUUAAAGUACCUAUCUUUGUCGCAAUUAGAAAGAAUAAUGCAGGUCCCUAUUACUGGACUAAAUUUAGUAGUGAAUCAAGAAGGCGUGAUCCUCAGAAAUUUCAUGUACCUGAAGGUGCUGAGAAAUUAGUGAAUACUACAAGCAAGAGUAGAUGAUACUCUUGCUACAAGUCAUAUGGAAUUUUGCCACUUAAAAGAUCAUUAUAAUGCUGUUUUAUUCAUCACAACCUCAAGGCUAGCACAAACUUACCCAUAUUAGGAGGACAAAAGCUCAACUGAACUGCUGUGAAACUGAUGUUAUUCUUGACUAAAAAUUAAUGUUUCAUUUAUUACUUUUACGUUAUUUUAUACUUAUAGAGAAAGACU